AUGUCUGGAUCCAAUCCUUUCCGCCCUAGGCAGCCCGCGAAUCCUACUUUCUCCCUCCAAUCCAACAAGACAGCCUCAAUUCCCUACAGUCCAGAAUCUCGCGUCUCCGUGCCUGAACCUUCACCGUUUCCGGGGUCGAAUAGCUUCCCCAGCUUCUCAACCUCCACGCAUCCGCCCGAACUCGUCGACUCCGCAUCGUCCGAUGAUCAAUCCGAUACAGAUCCUUUCCACCAACCUUCUUUCGCCAGUGACCAGGAAAAUGAUGACCCUGAAGACGACCAAGAUACCGACGGGUCAAUUGUCGAUGCCGUAGAUUCACACCCUUCGGUAUCGGCAAGGUCACCGCCCGUGCAGCCAACCGCUGCGGUUACGCAGACAAUCAGCACCAAGGACUAUCACACGCAACGUGGGCCUGUGGCAUCAUCGCAAGAGAAUGCUUACCCAGUGGGACGAACGGGCUCUUCUGUGUCCCUCGCCUCGACCGGAGACACCCGCACUUCUGACAGCACUACAGCCGAUGUCUCUCAAUCAUCCCUGCGGUCAGCAGGCCGGGUAGAGCUGGGAACGCCUUCAUCAUCCGAAUCUCGUCCUCGUCCGCUUGCCAGCCGUGCCGUAAAUCGAGACCGAAUGCCGCCCCCUCCGCCACCCAAAAGUCACCACGGACGGCUCAUCAAUCCUAGUCCGGGCGCAACAUCUUCCCACUCCCAGACCACUCCCGGUCAAUCCUCCAACCGAUUCUCCCUCCGUGGCACUCCCUCAGAGCCAUCGUACUCACACUGUCCAGCCCAACCGGCGACGGACUACUUCUCUGGCGUGGAGACAAGCCGUUCCGCACAGUCAGCCCCAGUCGACGUGCUUCGGCGGAGCCAGUCGCAAUCCAAGCGGCCUCCGACCCCUCCAUUGAGCCGCCGACACAGUCAGAUGCGGCGAUCGAAAACCACAUCCGCUAAAGUGAAUCCGGUACGACUCUCAAUACCUCCAGAAGCAGACCCUACAGCAGCAGCAGCAGCAGCUGCUGCUGCUGCUCCUCCUUCUGUGGCCAUCCCGCCCCCGAGUCCGAGCUCGUGGUCCUUGUACCCCACCCGAACACGAGAUCCCCGCCUGGCCAGCACGCCAUCCGAGGAGUCAGUGCCGUCCUCGUCCUCCUCGAACCGACUUUCACUACAGAUUGAUUCCUCCUCCACCCCGUGGAUCCCCAGGGAGCCCGGGCGGGCCGCCUCGCCCAGUCCCUCAGUCAAGCGCGCUUCGCUUCAGAACCCCCCGCCUCCGCCACCGCGGCGCUCGCGCGGAUCCGGCAACCACAGUCCGGACAGCGUGCGCCUCAGCCUCCGGUCAAGCAAACCAUCGGUCGCCGCGGCGAAAGAUGACUACGUUCCGCAUCCGUCGAACGCCAAUGAUAUUUUGGCGGAUCUCACCCGAUUACAGAAGGAAGUGGAUGACCUACGCGGUCAUUAUGAGAGUCGCAAGGCGAGUCAUUAA